AUGAUCGGGGUUGACAUCACGGAUCUGAAACGGAAGCAUGAGUCCCGAGAGGAAUUUUUGCCUAGGGAUAUCGAUUUUUCCAAUGACAAUUCCGAUUUCUUCCCUCCUACAAAAAGACACAAUAAAGCAAAAUGGUGGGACAAAGGAUAUAUUCUACAAGACCUAUGGGGCUCAUCAUGGAAUAUGUAUCUGUUUUUGGUGAUCGGAAUAGGUUUUGCAAUUGCCCACCACGCUUUCUAUCAGUCUCUUGAGGGAAGCCUGGUGAACGAUGACGAACAGUUAACAACCUUGCGGUACGGGACUGCGCUGGCUUUUGCAGCCAAGUCUAGUCUAGUUGCCGCAGUGUUAAUGGCAUUUCGAGAGCAAAUUUGGUCAACGUUCAGUUCAAAAUUCCUCAGGGUGACUACACUCAACGACAUGUUCGCAGCUCCCGAAACACCACUGUCGCUCCUUAAUUUAGAAUUCAUAUGGAAAGCAAAAGUUGCUGCUGGCCUGGCCUUUUAUUGCUGGAUAUCGCCUCUCAGUGUCAUUCUCACAACCAGUACAUUGAUUGCAACGCCAGGCUCAGAAGUCCAACAAACCACUUGCCCGGGGGUACGUACGUUGAACUUUAGGUUUGAAGACAACACGAACUGGCGAAAUGGAGGAAAGAUUGCAGAUUUAGAUCAACAAUCUUUGACAUGGUGGAACAACACAAGCAGCAAUUCAUCCGAUCCUUAUUUCUUCGACUAUUACACAGCUCCAAGCGACAAUGCCAAAGAGUUCAUGCAAGCUAGCACAUAUCUGGAACGGCCAAUUAUAGAUCAAGAGAACACAUUCGAGGUUUGUGAGAGGGGCUGGAACUGCACGGUGGAAAUCAAGUUUGUCGGUCCGACCUAUAAUUGCAGCGAAAUCAGCAGGGGUUUGGGAGAAGAAAGGGGGCCAGGCUUCCUGCAGCAGAGUACAGGAAGGUCGGAGCCCCCAUUUUCCAUGGACUUACUUGCGCCAAGCGGCAAUUACACCUACAUCGCCCAGACACUUCAUGGAGAGUACGGAUAUCCACAAAUGGCGAAAAUGAAAAGCGGAGGAAUACCCCUCACAGAACCGCCAUACCCUAAGCACCUCGGAGCCUUUCGAACAGAGCCGAUAAUAUGGAUAGGUUACUCUGAAUUGAAUGAGAGUUAUGCCUCUCUGUUUUUCAACAGGACUGCAGAUGUUCGGAACGAUAAAGCAUUCACGCCAGUCCUCAUCGCUUGUGAGCAUUACGAAGCUGAAUACACUGCCGAAAUCAUAUACAGAGAUGGAAUGCAGAUUCCAACGAUCAAAGACCGCAAGCUCAUUGCGCCAAUAAUCAAUACGACUUUUAUCCCCAACGUCGAUGCCAAUGAUGGUACCAUGGACAAGACCGUGGCUGUCCCAGAGGAAAACUAUAUUCUUCCCAAAGACCUCAAAACGUACAGACGAACGGCUGGGUACCAUUCGAUGGGUUUGUUUUUACGUUCAAGGAUAAAUGGGACAAUCCAGGGGGCCGGUCGAGUGGAAGCGUCCCGUGUGCUUUACACCAGCCUGAUCGAUCAUAGAUUCCAUUUUGUCCGACCCAACGUCAUCAAACUUAUUGAAGCUUGGUACGGGAAUCUGCUCAUGUCCAUGUUUGCGCGGCCACGCUUUCAAGCAGUAGUCUGGGCGGCGAAAACGGAUGAGCAGACGGGCAUUCGACGCACGGGAACCGGGCCGAAAGACGACUAUCUGUAUAAGUGUACACGGUCUCGUCCUGCAGUGCGAUACCAUUAUCGGACUCGCAUAUUGGUGAGCGUUUACGGUAUCUUGGUAUUCUUUGGACUUCUAGGAAUCGCGGCUGGUACUCUUGCGAUUCGACGCAAUGGAGGAGUGUCCAGGGGGACUGGGUUUUCAAGCAUCGUAGAAGCGACGAGAGGACCGGCUCUGGACGGGGUGGACUGGGGGUCCGGAAAAGAUUACGGACCUGUGAAAGUUGGCUAUGGGCUUUUGGCAACGGAGGGUAGCAAUGUGUAUAAGAGUGCAAUACUGGCACAUGAUCAUAAACUGGGAGUCUUGGGUUCAAGGUCAGGAUUUGGGUUUGAGGGGGAGGUGACGCUUUCCAAAGACUUGAGGAGUUGA